AAACCAGAGAAUGAGAGCGGCGGCGCGCGCGAGAGCUGCAGCGCUGCGUUUUUAAUAGCUUACUGGUGAUGGUGUGGUCACAUGAGUCGUUUUGAUAGAUGAAACUUUGAAUAAAAAGAGAAAGGACACACCUACUCAGCCCUAAUGAUCCGCAGAGGCUUUGCGUGUAGUCGCUCCCACAGUAUGGAGAGACCGCGGUGAGUGUUCACUGAGCGAGCUGACCUGCAUGUAGUGCGCAGUGACGACGGAAUAAAACAGUCAGAGCAAGCGGGCAAAGUUUUUGCAGGACGCGGAAUUUCACUGUGCGGUUUUAUUUUUCACUUAACGUCCUCCUGGUCCGCGGGUUCGAAUUGCACACAUACAAGUUUCCAAUGGACAGAUACUUGGAGACGGCUGGCGCAACAAGCAUGGGAUUAUUUUUGUAAUGUGGAUCGCUACUCCCUUGCAAGAAAAUAAAGGUCUGCUGCGGAACAAUGUGAGACGUUGUGCGUCUUGGAUUUUCGUGUUUCUGGAUAUCUUGAAAAUCAUUGGAAACAGUUGAGAAAAGAGAGGCAGAGAAGAAGUUACGCGCAACUGUAAGGAUUGUACCCUUCAACCCCCGGGACCACCAUGGAUUACAACAACCCCUUCCCCCUGUGUAGAGAAGUUUGAGCCGGUUCACUUGUGUUGUACUUGUUGUAAACUUCAUGUUUGAGAACAAAUCGCCACAUUUGGCUGCUUGGAUUUUAAAACGUCGCCUGUCUUUGGAUUGGAUUUCCAACACCAUGAAUUUUAUUGACAGUUUGACACUAUUAUUUUUGACGCUGUCAGCUGUCAAGAGUGCCCACAUACCGAAGGCAGCAGAAAGAGGUCCACAUGAUGUGAUCCCUCUAAUAGAGGUGUACAACAAGAGUGUGUGCCAGCCGCGGGAGCUGCUGGUCGAAAUCCUGCAGGAGUAUCCGGAGGAGGUGGAGCACAUGUUCAUCCCGUCCUGCGUGGUGUUGACGCGCUGUGCCGGCUACUGCAACGACGAGAUGCUGCAGUGCAUGCCAGCGUCCAUCUAUAAUGUAACAAUGGAGAUAAAAAGAAUAAAAUCCCAGAGACAGCAAAAUGAUGUUUUCAUGAGUUUCUCAGAGCACAGCGCAUGUGAGUGUAGGUUAAAGAAAGAAGUGAAAGAACAGAAAGAAAAUGUUUGUGAGCCGUGUUGCGAUCACUGCUCAGAGAGGAGGAGGCGCUUGUUCGUGCAGGACCCCGUGACCUGUCGGUGCUCCUGCAAACACACAGACGCAUACUGCAAAGAACGCCAGCAAGAGCUCAACGAGAGGACCUGCAAAUGUGACAAGCCCAGAAGAUGAGAGAGGUGGGAUCACCAGAUGUACAAGAUGAAGGAAUAUUCUAGCGAUAUUUCACAGCACAGCACUUUGACCUUUUGAACCGUAAGCUCUUCUUUUCUGUGGAAAGCAUUCCCCUUGGACUGGCUGAGAGAGAACAAAAAAAAAAAAGAAAGACUGGACUGAAGUCUCCUCCCACUGUAUAUCUCUGUGUACAUAGACCACGACAAAAGAAAAAUAAGAGUACAGAAUUGUUAUGCUGCUACAGAAACGAAUAACUAAAAACCCGUCAUCUGACACGACGCAACUAUCCGCCACGUGGUUUUGCAUUUCUAACAGGCUUGCUGUGCAGGUGUAGUCUUCUUGUCGAUUCAUUGUAUGCAAUUGCUUCACUGGAUGUGAGUCUACUGUGGUUGUGUGUCGAUCAGAGUCGCGAAAAACCUCUCACCCUAAGAUGUAUUUACCCGCUCGGGCGGCGGGCGGGGCUGAAGAAGACACUGGCAGGCACGCUCUCUUUUUUUGGAAAUAGUGGACGGAUUUUCCGUGAGCGAAAAAAAAAGCGUCUACGUCUUGUGCUCGUAGGCGACAACAGGAGGACACUGGUACAGCUGAUGGAAAUCUUGAAUCGGCGUCCGUGCGAUAUCACUUCCUCUCCCACGCGGACGUUUGCAGGACUGACAUGAGACACAAAAAAAAAAAAAACACAAUAUUUUCACUAUUGUGCUCAGCCUGCGGCGAG